AGCAACAAGAACUUUAUUAAGACCAACGCUGUGGAGAACAUCAUGACAGUCCCAAAGAAACCGCAGCCUGUGUAUGCUUAUACCAAGAAGGGAGACAAACAACUGUUGGAGAAAUCUGGUCUCAUCCCAAAAUACAUAAAGAAGAAGGACUAUGGCCUAACUCCAGAGUACCUGCUCCAGCGCAGAGAGGAAGUGAAGAAAGCACAAGAAGAAUAUGACAACUAUGUCAAGGAGCGAAUGAGAGAAGGGGCCAUGAAACAGCUUUCAGGUGAAGAGCGCCACAAUAUCCUGCAGGUAAUCAAAUACAAAUAA